AUGCACGGGAACAGAGACUGGAGCAAUGGAGACAGCAGCUUGCAGAAAAUGCAAGGCAGCAUAAAAGAGCUCUCCUUUAAAAAACAAGUCAACUUUCACCACGGAGAUCACCAAGGCGGAGAUUGCGAUAUAUUUUAUAAGUUUGUCAUCUUACAUGCAGAGACUGAUGAACUGGAGGCAAUACGAGUGAAGAACAUGCUUCAAGAUGAAUUUAACAUCAAACCAGUCAUAUUUGCAGAGAUGCCUGCAGGACAACAGAUUCUCAAAAAUCUUGAUGACGCAGUGAAUGGUUCAGCGUGGACUAUACUAUUACUGACUGAAAACUUCCUCAGAGAAGCCUGGUGUGAAUUUCAUUCCCAUGCCACAUAUAAUUCCAUUCACAUGCACCAUAAAUAUAACUCUGUGAUUCCCAUGCGACCAAAAGACAAUUACCUUCCAAGAGAGAAGACACCAUUUGCACUAAAACUAAUAAACGCAUUAGAAGAAGGGAACUCUGAAUUCUCAAAGCAAGUAGAGAACCUUCAGGAUCACCUUUAUAAAAAACAGUAUAACAUAUGGAAGGCUGAGAAGGAAGGUAUGGAUCAUCAAAGCCAUAAAUGGCAUUGGACUCACAUAAGAUGUUCAAUACGAAAGGAAUAUUCCAGCUGCGUAAUAAAAUCUAGUCUGGGUAAUUUUAACCGCCAAUCUAAAGAAACUAAAUAUAUGGGUCAAACAAAGAUGUACGAUGGGGUUGUCCACACUUCCAUCAGUACUUUUCUAUAAGGUUCCUGUUGCUCCGCAUUAUUCUAUCCAGUAAAAAAAUAGAAACCCAUUGUAAGUUCAUGGAAUCCAUAAAAAAUUGAUAGAUUCGAGGUUUUAAGAUGCAAAGGAUUACUAGAAAAAAAAAAUAUAUAUUACUCAGAACAGUUCCUGGCCAGUGAAGACCCAUUAAAAUUGAUUAAUGCUCCUGCCUUUUUUGAGUGGAUGUUUGCUUCCUAUUUCCACUCUUCCCAUGUUAGUUUGGAACCAUGGGGUGCUUUGGUCUGCACCUCCUUCCAUCUCCCCUUUCCUCUUCCUUCCUCACACACAGGUGUAGUAUCUAUAUAACUUGUAAAAUAUGGCAGCGGCCACUGGCUCCAUAGUCCGAAAGGAUCGCCCCUUCUUUCUACAUGCAAUGACUCUGAUUGGAAUCCCCAGGAGUUUCUCCCUAUGAUAUUCACUGUCACCUUAUCUCUGUCAUGGAUAAUAUGCUUAUUGCUGUUGUAGGUCUAACCUUGAUAGGUUGCUGAACUGCCAGUAAGCCAGAAGGUACUUCCUCUGGGCUAUUAAACGUCACUCCUUCCCUCCCCCUCUUCCCUUUUUCUUGUAAGUCAUGAUGUACACAACUGGUUGAAA